AUGCCAUUGGUAAAACCCUUAGAAGUUUAUUUUUCUAUUCCUAAGCAGCUUAUCAAGACCUUACCCGCGCACUCACUCAUCACGCCCCCGACCGGUCACAGAUUCGCACUCAACAUGAAGGCCCUCCCGUAUAAGACCGUGUGGGUCGAGUACCCCGACAUCGCAGGCAUCCGCGAAAAGUUAGGCGCAGGGCCCUCGGGUACCAGGGCUGACGAGCCGCUGUACACAAUGCCAGUCAUACAGGACCUCGCGACCGGCGCCGUCGUCGUCGACUCGUUCAAGAUCGUGCAGUACCUGGACACCACCAACACAACGCGGGAGAAUGGACGACAGUACCAAGACGCCGAUACGGAACCACGACACAGGAUCCAAACCCGCCCAUAG